AUGGAAUCGGAAAUGUUGAGUGCAACAGGUGAGAUGUGUAACAGCAACAAGUCCUCACGCCGCGGCUGCUUCUCCACAGACACAACUCCUCUCCAUGGAUCAGCUCUGAACGACUGCUCUGGUCAGUCUCAUAAAGCGACCACAGCGAUGGAGUCCAUUCUGUCGGAGCAGUCGGCGCCGGUGGACGAGCUGGUGGAAGCGUGCAUCCAGGCCUUUGAUGAAAAGGGCGCUCUGAAGGAUGCGGCUGUGGUCAGGAUGUUCAUCAUGAUGCAUCCUUGGUACAUCCCCUCCACAGACCUGGCCCACAAGCUGGUGCUCAAGUCCCAAGAGGAGAGCUGCUGUGCUGAGCGCCGCACCAGGAUCGUCCACCUCCUCAAGUAUUGGAUCUCAGAGUUUCCCGCAGAGUUCAAUCUGAACCCAGAGCUGGCCGAGCAGAUAAAAGAGUUCAAGGAGCUGCUGAGCACGGAGGGAGAGGAGAGCCACAGCCGCCUCAUCGACAUCGACAGUGUCCCGUCGUACAAGUGGAAGCGGCAGGUGACUCAGCGCGUUCCGUCCGUCUCCAAAAAGAGGAAGAUGUCUCUGCUCUUCGACCACCUGGACUCCUGCGAACUGGCCGAGCACCUCACCUACCUGGAGUACAAGUCCUUCUGCAAGAUCCUGUUCCAGGACUACCAUAGCUUCGUGAUGCACGGCUGCACAGUGGACAACCCCAUCUUGGAGCGCUUCAUCACCCUCUUCAACAGCGUGUCCCAGUGGAUCCAGCUCAUGGUGCUCAGCAAGCCCACCGCCCAGCAGAGGGCGCUGGUCAUCAGCCACUUCAUCCGCGUGGCACAGAAGCUUCUCCAGCUGCAGAACUUCAACACCCUGAUGGCCGUGGUGGGCGGCCUCAGCAACAGCUCCAUCUCCAGACUCAAAGACACCCAGGCUCAUGUCAGCGCAGAGACCAACAAGAUUUUCAACAGUCUCAUCGAGCUGGUCACCUCCUGCGGGAACUACAGCCAGUACCGUAAACGUUUCUCGGAUUGUUUGGGAUUCCGCUUUCCGAUUCUUGGAGUUCACCUCAAAGACUUGAUCGCGGUCCACGUGGCGCUGCCCGACUGGACGGACAAGGAGAAGACGCGAGUGAACUUAGCUAAAACACAGCAGCUGUACGCUAUUUUACAGGAGCUGGCGCUGAUCCAAAACACGCCGCCCAAUAUUGACGCUAACACGGACUUGCUAAAUUUGCUAACGGUGUCUUUAGACCAGUACCACACUGAGGAGGAGAUCUACCAGAUGUCUCUACAACGGGAGCCUCGCAAACCAGCAGCGCAGAACUCCAGCCCCACGCCGCCUCCGGAGCCCAAGCCCGCCAUGAUUGACCAAUGGGGGGUCUCUGUCAAGCCCAACGCAGACCCGACAGUAAUCAAGAAGCACAUAGAAAAGAUGGUGGAGUCCGUCUUCAAGAACUUCGACACCGACGGCGACGGCCAUAUUUCCCAAGACGAGUUCGAAGUGAUCCAGAACAACUUCCCCUACCUCAGCAAGUUCGGCGAGCUGGACAAGAACCAGGACGGGAAGAUCAGCCGGGAGGAGAUGAUCGACUACUUCAUGAAGGCUAGCUCGCUGCUCAACUGUAAAAUGGGCUUCAUACACUCGUUUACAGAAGCUACGUACGUCAAACCCACCUUCUGUGAACACUGCACUGGAUUUAUAUGGGGUUUCUACAAGCAAGGCUACAAGUGUAAAGCCUGCGGCGUGAACUGCCACAAGUCGUGCCGCGGUCGUCUGGCGGUGGAGUGUCGGAAGAGGACCAAGAGCAUCAGCCACGAGACGCCACCAGCUCUGUCGGCGAGGUCCUACAGCUUCCCCCCGCCGGCAAACAGCCCGUCCAGCCUCCAGGACACAGUCAUCGAGGAGGAGGAUCUGGAGGCGGUGGAGGAGGGCGUGUUCGAUGUGCACCUAUAA